AACCAACAGUGGUGUAGUGGUCGAAACCAAGCCAGACCAACCAGCCGAGCGUCAUCAGGUGUUGCGCUUUGUGAACUGUCGGGUGUACAAAGGCGGCAAGUUGCAGGACACAGACGUGUGGGUCAACAACGGCAAGAUCAUCGAUCCCUUCUACCGCUUCUACAGGGCUACCUCACAAAGCGACUUCGACGCCGAUGUGGUGAUAGAUGGCCAUGGGGCUAUACUAGCACCUGGAUUCAUUGAGAUCCAAAUCAACGGAGCCUUCGGAGUGGAUUUCUCGAACUACGACACCGAAUUGGAAGACGUGCAGAGUGUGGGACGUAACUUAAUGCAGUACGGUGUCACCAGUUUCUGCCCCACGCUCGUGACCUCACCCGCCAACAAGUAUCACGAGACGUUGCCCAAGUUUGUCAGAUACGCAGGAAGCCCUGAACUGGGUGCCACCAACCUUGGACUGCACCUGGAAGGGCCAUUUAUGAGUCUGCAGAAGAAAGGAGCACAUGAUCCCAAACAGAUUGAAGCGCCGGUGGAUGGAUGGGAGUCGCUCAUUGACCGCUACGGCCCUUCACUGCAGCAGAACGUCCGCUACGUCACCAUCGCUCCCGAGUUAAACGGCGCCGUUGCAGCCAUCAAGGGGUUGAGAGAGCAUGGCCUGCUGGUGUCGCUGGGCCACUCCAGUGCCAACAUGGCUGAGGCUGUGGCGGGGAUUGAGGCGGGGGGUACUCUUGUCACUCACAUGUUCAAUGCCAUGGCGUCGUUUCACCAUAGAGACCCUGGGCUGGUGGGUGUGCUGGGCAAAGAGGGCUAUCGACCCUACUACGGCAUCAUCGCCGAUGGGAUCCAUUCGCACCCUAAUUCCAUACGCAUAGCGUAUCAGACGCACCCAGACGGUCUGUGUCUGGUGACUGAUGCCAUGGCUGCUGCGGGGUUGCCUGAGGGGCGUCACAUGUUGGGUGAUUUGCCUGUGGACGUAGAAGGCAUCCGUGCUGUUAUAGCUGGCACUAACACACUCGCUGGGUCGGCUGUGGACCAUGUCACGUGCAUUAAGAACUUCCGUGACUUCACCGGCUGUUCAAUAGAGGAGGUGCUGGCCUGUGCCACGACACAUCCGGCCCACGCGGUACAAGUGCAGGACACAAAGGGCUCUCUUGAGCCAGGCAUGGAUGCUGAUCUGGUGCUACUCUCCGACAGCCUGUCUGUGCAGGCAACCUUCAUUGAUGGCGAACUGGCAUACCUUCGCGAUGGCUACGAACUCGACAGCUCAACAGCCAUGUAGUCCAUUCAUCGCAGCAUUUGAAGCCAUUCAUAGACAGGUGUAACUCAAUAGCCAUGGAACUCAUUUUUUGCAGUAGGACCGAUGCAGCUACAGCCAUGAACCCCAUUCAUGGCAACAUGGCGGGUGCCAUUCGUAGAGUACUCACAUAUAUGCUAUGAGGGACUUCACUUCAUCUGUCAUAUUCCAUCACACUUCCUCAUCACUCUUUCCCGUGAUGUCGUCUCUGCUACGUGAGCUGUGUGCAGAUGCUUGUGCAAUGAAGCCUGCGCUGAGUACAUAACCAUCUCACGCCAAAUAGUGAGUGUCAAGGCCUGAGCCUGCGAACUAGGCACAGCCUUUGUAUCGCAUUCGAGUUGUAAAUCUGGCCGUGCGCGCAGUACAAGCAUCGUCUGUCAAGAGAAUGAUAGUAUUUAUCAGUUGUUGAUGAGAUGGCGGGGUUUCAACCCGCUUAGAAGCGUGCAACACGCCACCCUGGAGCGUCUUCGCUCCGUUAGUGUGACUUGAAUGUCAUUCCGGUCAUCAUUAAAUGGACAAAGUUGC